CAUUACAAUACAUAUACACAUACACACGGACACAUACACAAAUACACGCUCUGCUUAGAUUUCUGUACCCCUCUAUACCUCUACGACGUGAUCGGAUUCUCACAAUUCCUCCCACACGCACACACUUUUUUCACUUUGACAAUCCUAUGACAACGCAUAGAAGAAAGAAUACGCACACACUAGAGUACAGCACAGGAAUGAGACACGCAUCUGCGUCACACACCAGAGUUGCGGUACUGAACAAGCACUCCCUGGACACGCGCGCGGGCAUUUAUUUGGGAAACAGCACGCGUAGCUUGCAUGCUUCCAGUUCCGGCCGACAGAUGGCGGUGCAGGCCGCCGCCGUCAGCGCCCGACGGGUCCGGACCCCGGGUUGAGGCACCGGGUCGAGACAGCACGCGCUUUCGGAGUCGAUGUGCGCUCGCUGAGACAGGUGUGAAGCGGACGCUCCGAACAGGCCGCAUGCCGUGACGCGAGACGCCCUCCCGGUGACGCUACCUGCUCGGGGUAAAAUAAUGCCCGUACGGCGGACCUGACAGACGUGAAAACAUCGAAAGCAGCGACCAAAGCUGUACUGUCAAUAGCAGGAGAAGCGAACCGUUUGAGCAGCAGCAAGAGCAGCACUACAAAUAAACGACAUCCUGGUGGAAACCACCUCCCAGUGCAUGAAAGCCACUCUCAAUGGGCCAGCGAGUGCCGAAGUGAUCGUCAGGUGUACGCCAUGGUAUCCUUACAAGGUCUAUUCUCCAUCGGCGCCGCCGUGUGCCUCUUGGUGAACCUUCCGGACGUCGUGAAAGGAUCCUCCGGGCCCCGCUGGUUGAGCGAGCCUCCCACGUGGCUCCUGUUCUCGAACUGGACGGGCGCCACGGUGCGCUGCUCGGCCGACGGGGACCCACGCCCUCAUGCGUGGUGGGUGAGCGCGACCGACGGACUGAAUGCCAGCGCCCUACCGGCCGCGACUUCCCGACCGCAGCUGCUCACGGUCCACGAGGGCACGCUCACUUUCCUGCCCUUCCGCGAGCACCAAUUCCGCGCCGAGGUGCACCGCGGAUCGUUUCGCUGCCGGGCGCGCAAUGCCAGAGGCAGCGUGCUGAGCACCGCCGUGAACGUCAACGCCGUGGUAGCCCAGGACUGGGAGCUGCGCAUGUGGUCUGCUCCGGGCUCGGUGCCACGGGGCAGUGCCCUGCUUCUGCGUUGUCCAGUGCCCAGUCACGUGAGCCACCACGUGAUUGUCACCGCCUGGGAAGAGGAGCACAACAGCCCCGCACUCAUCACGCCGCGAUCGUCAACCGACCAGUACGUGAUGACGUCAUCGGGCGACCUGUACGUGCGCAGCCUGACUCAGGCGGCGCGCUUCCGCUGCCACACGGAGGACGUGCUCACCCGCCGCAACAGGACGAGCGUCAACUACGCGCACUACCACGCCACGGAACCAGCAGGAAGUCAGAUACCCUCUAUCACAUUCCACUCGGGUCACGUGACUGUUGAGCAGGGACGUCCCACUGACCUGGUCUGCCUGGCCCAAGGCUGGCCGCCACCCAAGUACAAGUGGUACCGGAAGCAGGGGCAGAGGCUGGUGCCGUUGCCAACCUCGACCACACCCACAGCGCUGGAUGGUGUCCUGCACUGGAGCGGAGGCACGCAGCUCGAGCACGAAGGGCAGUACGUGUGCGUGGUGACAAACACUAUGGGAGAUGCCAAGGCCACGCUCCAGCUUUCAGUGAUCGGCGAGCUGACCGUCAGCAUCCGUCCGCGACUGGUCCGCGCCGAGGCCGGCGACUCGGUGUCGUUCCAGUGCAACGCGAGCAGCGCCGACGCGUCGCUCGAGUGGCGCCUGAACGGGUCGCCGCUUCCGCUGGGAUUCCAGCGGCUCGAGCGCGGGUUCGUGCGCGUCGCGGCGGUGGCCCGGCACCAGGGCGGCAUGCUGCAGUGCUUCGCUGCUUCCAGGGACGGACGCAGGGCGGCGCAGGCCACGGCCGAGCUCGUAGUAGGGGAGCGUGCCCCCAGAAUGGAGCGAACGUACAGCACCUCAAGCAGUAGCCUGAACCCCAAAUCUCCCGCGAGCCUAGGGUGCCGGGCGUCCGGUGACCCGGCUCCUUCCAUCACUUGGACCCUGGACGGCGCGUGGCCCGUGUCCGGGGGCGGCCCGCGGUUGCGUCUCUGGUCGACCAGCGACUCGGCCACGGGCGACGCGGUGAGCUUCCUCAACUGGACGUCGGUGGAGACGUCCGACUCGGGACACUACCAGUGCGUGGCGAGCAAUGUCGCGGGCCGAGCCUCGCACUUCUUCCGGCUGGACGUGCGGGGCCCGCUCUUCACGCGGCCCGCGUACAACGCCACGGCGCUAGAAGGGCACUCGCUGGCGCUGCAGUGUCCAUUCGGCGGAUACCCGUACGACAAGAUCAGCUGGUUCAAAGAUGGAAGCGAACUGCCCGUUAACCAGAGGCAGACUGUUUUUUCCAAUGGCACACUGCUGCUGGAGACACUCACUAAGACCAAGGAGCAAGGGGAGUACACCUGUGUCGUGGAAAACCUGGAUGGGACCUCUGUUCAGCAACUCAUUCGGGUCAUUGUCAGAACCGGUCCGCAGAUCACGCCGUUCCGCUGGCUGGACGAGCUGCAGGAAGGAAUGCGCGCUGGACUCAGCUGCUUCGUGCACGCCGGCGAGCAGCCCAUCGUCAUCGAGUGGCUCAAAGACGGCGCACCCCUCGCGCGUCCUGUUCGCCAAGACGGGUUCGUGUCCACGCUCUCGCUGGAAUCCUUGUCGUCGCAGGACAACGGCAACUACACCUGUCGCGUCUCCAAUGCGUGGGCGACGGCCACCUACAGCGCCGUGCUCAGGGUCAAAGUUGCCCCGAGUUGGCUGUCCGAGCCUAGGGAUGUGGUUGCGGUCACUGGUCACUCGGUGGUCGUGGACUGUCAGGCUGACGGGGAACCACCACCACACAUACGCUGGAAGACUGCCUCGGGCAGGGAUGGCGGCCCGUACCGCGCCCUGGUGAGCAGCUCCCGGGUGCACGUGCUGGUCAACGGCUCCCUGAGCGUGCGCAGCCUGGAGACGGCCGACGCGGGCCUCUACCUGUGCGAGGCCUCCAACGGCGUCGGCGCCGAGCUCUCCAAGGUGGUCCGGCUCACCGUGCGCAGCAGCCCCCGUCUCUCGCCCAAGGAGUCCACAACAUCGGCGAAACGGGCAAGCACGGUGCACCUCCAGUGCGAACCACACGGUGACACGCCGAUGCGCUUCUGGUGGCUGAAAGACGGCGUGCCCAUCGCGGCCAUCGGUGACCACAGGUAUUCCCAAGUCGAGCACGCUGACGCCAACAAGGCGAGAUCCACGCUGACCAUCACGGAUACCCAAAAGUCGGAUAACGCCCUCUUUACCUGUCACGCGUCCAACGACUUCGGAGAAGACACCACCAACAUAAACCUGGUUGUUCAAGAUGUUCCCGGAAUACCUGACAGCCUCCAAGUCAGCGAGGCGUCCAGCAGAUUCGUGCGACUCGCCUGGACAGAGCCCUUCAGCGGAAACAUGCCGAUAACGCAGUACCUUCUGCGAUGGACAAACAAGGAAGGCACUUGGGAAGACAGCGUGUCGGUGUCCGGCACCGAGACCAAGGUGACCGUGCGGGGAUUAGAGCCCUCCGCCUCGUACCUGUUCACCGUGAGAGCGGAGAAUGCCAUAGGGCCCGGUGCUUACACUUCGCCGUUGGAAGUGCACACCGAUGACGAACCCCCUCGAAAUGCGCCGAGUAACAUUCAUCUCACACCUAUCGAUUCCAGAAGCAUAGCAGUAAAAUUUGAGCACCCGUCCUCUCCCAGCCCACCGGGUAGCAGCAGAAGCGGUGAUGGUGGUGGUGGACGAGUGGACGGUUACUACGUUGCCUACCGUCGACAGGGUUCGUCAGAACCCCUUCGAUAUCACACGCUGCACGAGCGAGAGGGCGUCCUCUCCGGUUUGGACAAGGACACCCGCUACGAGGUGAUCGUACAGGCCUACAACGCCAAGGGACCGGGACCCCCUUCUGGAACGCAUGUCGUGCGCACCCUGGCGGCAGAUCCCCCUCCGCCGCCAACGUACCGUGUGGUGGGCACCUCAGCUCGGGCCAUUUCGCUGGCUUGGGAGAGGCCGGUCAUCCCUUUCGACGAUCCCCCAAUCAGAAGCUACUAUGUGUCGUGGAGACUGGAGGGCGACGAGCACCCUUGGCGCGAGCAGUCAUUGGGUGGCGACAGGACCAACUUUGCGCUGUCCGGUCUCGCAUGCGGCACGAGGCACCAACUGCGCAUGCGCUCAGCCAGCGACGUUGGACGGGGACCCGAAGGGAAUGUUGUCACCGCCUCCACCGAAGGGAACCGUCCCGUGCUCCAGCAGCCGGACCGCCUGGUGGCGAGCAACUCCAGCGCGGCCUGGCUGCACCCGGAGGCGUGGUGGCACGGCGGCUGCCCCAUCAGCCACUUCACCGUCCACUACCGGCGCAGCGCCGAGACGGACUGGACGCUGGCGUCCAGCCACCUGCCCUACAGGCGCGACGAACCGUUGGUGCUCUCCGGCCUGGAGUCGGGAUCGUGGUACGUGCUGCUCAUGGUGGCCCACAACGACGCCGGCAGCACCACGGCGCAGGUCAACUUCGCCACACUGACGCCUGACGGAGACGUGCCUUCACACAAGCCUCACCUGCUUGACGCCAAAAUGGCGUCCUUCUACCGGCACCUCACUGUGACGCUGCCCAUCGGCAGCUCAGUGCUGGUGCUCGUCGUGGUGCUGGCGGUGCUUUGGUGCGUGAUGCGCCGCCACGCGGACGACGCUACUGGUGCGCAAAGCACACCUCAGGGCAGCGUGUGUGGCGAGCGUUACAAGAGCGAGGUGCUGAGCUCUGCGGAGCCCACUUACUGCGGCGGUGGCUCCUCCAGAGGGUCGUCAGCGUACGCGGUGCCACACAGAGUCUACGAUGUGCCUUACGCCCAGAAAAGGCCAGUGGAACAGAUAGCGAUUCAAUCCAGGAAGUCACAGAGUGCUACGGGCCUAAGCCGUGAUGGGUCUCAACUCUUCUACGUGUCCAGCAAAUCUAAAGUAUUCGACGAGGAUGAAAUGCACAGGUUAUGACGCGUGGCUGCCGUCAUACCAUUGUAUUGGAGGACGUAAUGCGAGCAGUAUUGACGGAGGAUAAUCACCGCUCGUCUGGCCAAUAUCAAUUGAUACAUUCAGAACCAAGUGUACAUUGCAACCAAGCCUCAGCGUUCCAUCAUCCCACCCUCAACUGCUGUCGAACAUGGCGUUCCAGACGAUCGACUUUUGGACGCAACUGCCAAAAAAGAGCCGCUUAGGCCGAGCGCCUCGGUACCAUGCCUGUUGUUGAUUGUUCUAAUUUUGUUGGAAACUGUAAUACAAAACAAAACUAAUAUGACCUUAUACCGUAACCGGUUCUCUAACUACGUAAUAGGACCUAUGGUUGAUGCACGUGGGGUCAUGGGGAUGAGGUGGCAAGCUACGAUCAAUUCAUAAUGGAGAGGUUUACUCUGUUCGUGUUAAGGUGGAAGGGGGAGGGCAGGGUUGUAUGGCGGUUCACGGGGUCGACUUGAACACCGGAUGCCGUGGAUGGCAGCCACAGUAGCGACAUCGUGUGGCGUUUUGUUUAGCCAAAAUAUUUAAGAAAGGCUUUAGUCAUUCUCUUUGUUUUCGUCGAAGGCAAAGAAAAAGAGCCACUGUCUGUAUUCGUUAUGUUGUUGGUUAUGACCGUUCCGCAAGCAGCUAGGUAUCAUUUAUACCGAUAUUGAAGUGGUAGUUUUAUGUGCUGUGGUUCAACUCAACGUCACUAGGUGGCGCCACCAGCACAGCUGCUCAUGUCUACGUCUUAGUUGACACCGUGUUGCCCUUCAGGACGACAUGCCGUGACAGCCAAUUGACACUGUUGCAGCGACGGGUGGGCAAGAGCUCGCCAACGCCAGCAGGAUGUCACGCGAUGAACAAUUUGUGUUACGAGAACAUAUUGCGGUUUUACGUAUGAUGUACUAUCGUCGAACAUCCACACUUAAGAGUUUUGGUGUACUGUGAUAUUUGCUUACAAAUAUUGUUUCCUUGCACAAAAAGGCUGCGGUAGGACAUUCCCAAGAGAGCUACAACGACGACGAGGAUGUGCACUGCGAGGAUGCGCAAAAAUAAAAUUGCGGUUGUACUUUGUAUGACUAAAGACAAGUCACUGACGCACUCACUGCCACGUGCACAACGUUCAGGCGUUGUAAUAUGGCAAACUGUUUCAGUACUUUGACGUUAUGACACUGCUUAUUGGUUUUUUCCACGAAAGGGCCACCACCUUACGUUGAAGCAGCGGCAAUGUGCGUGAUGGCGCCGGCUGUCUUCGUGACUUUGUAAAUUUGUACAUACACGAAAAUAAAAUUUAAUAAAAUAUUUUACAAGGUG